AUGGCCCUUCAACCCUGCCGCCCUGGCCUCUGGCGGAGCAGUCAUGCCGCCCGAACCCUCAUGCCUUGCGUGCGCACCUACGCUACCGACUCAACACCCGAAUCAUUCAAGACCAAGACCCCGUCUUCCUCUGGUGUCGUGCCACGAUGGAGCCAGACGCCUGCUGCUAUGAAGGCGCCUCUGCAACUCGACUGGGCAAAGAAUCCCCAGAACAAGGUCUGGACUGUCAACAACGAUCCCAAGAGGUUGGACGAGGUGUACGAGCGCCUGCUGGGUCCUGGAGGCAGCAAACUGCUGCCCGAGGAGCUCAAGUGGUUGGCUGUCACGCACAAGAGCUUUGAUCAGGGGCGGAGAGGAUUCAACGACCGAUUGGCACUUCUAGGACGGAUGACUCUUGUCAUGGAGACGACAAAGACAAUUGUUGCCCAAGGUCCAAUGGGAACACCGAAUUUUGACGACGGAUUUGAUCGCCAGCCAUUCGUGCAUCCAAAUUUGCAAUCGGUAGACAAUCUCUCUAUCAAAGGACCCAAGGACGUCGUCGGCAAGGAGAGAUUAUCUGGCUUGGCAGCUGAAGUGGGAUUGAUCGAUGUUGUGCGGUGGAAGCCCAGACAGGUGCAAAAGCUCCGAGCUUCAGGUGCCGAUGUCGUGCUCAACGGUGCCAUCAUGGCUAUCAUUGGUGCCAUCACAUUACAGCAUGGAGCAGUAGUGGCAUCACAGGUCAUCAGAGAGAGGAUAUUGUCAAGACUACAGGAUUGA